AUGUCUGACGAUAUAGUUUGGCAAACAAUUAACAAUCAUUUUUGUGCAUUCAAGGUUAAAACCGAUAAGAAUCAAAAUUUCUGUCGAAAUGAAUAUAAUGUAACAGGUUUUUGUAAUAGACAAUCAUGUCCAUUAGCUAAUUCACGAUAUGCUACAGUUAAGAAUGUUGGAGGUAGGUUAUAUCUUUAUAUGAAAACUGCUGAAAGAACACAUAUGCCUAAUAGAUGGUGGGAAAGAAUUAAGUUAUCCAAGAAUUAUACCAAAGCUUUAAAACAAAUUGAUGAAAGAUUACAAUAUUGGCAACCAUUUUUGAUUCAUAAAUGUAAACAAAGAUUUACUAGAUUGACUCAAGUUGCAAUUACUGAAAGAAGAUUAGCAUUAGGUGAAGAAGAAAGACAUUAUGUUGGAGUUAAAAGUAAAGUUAAAAGAAGAGAAGAAAAUAGAGAAAGAAAAGCACUUAGUGCUGCUAAGAUUGAAAAACAAAUAGAAAAAGAAUUAUUAGAAAGAUUAAAGAGUGGUGCUUAUGGUGAUAAACCACUUAAUGUUGAUAAUGCAAUCUGGCAAAAAGUUAUGGGUAAAAUUGAUGAAGUUGAAGAUGAAGAAGAAUUUGACGAAGAUGAAGAAGAAGAGGAAGAAGAUGAAAGUGAAGGUGAAGUUGAAUUCGUGGAAGAUGAUGAUGAAGAAGAUGAAAUGGUUGAUAUGGAAGAAUUACAACAAUGGCUUGGAGAAUCUGGUUCAAGCGAUGAUGAUUCUGAAGAAUCUGAAGAUGACGAAGAUGAUGAGGAAGAAGAAGGUUCUAAGGAUACUAAAGAAUCUGGUGAUAAGAAGAGAAGAAAGAAGAGACCAAGAGUUGAAAUUGAAUAUGAAGAUGAAUUACACACUAAUAUAGCCACUGCAUAA